CUACAAUCAACCACACAAACGACAACGAAGAAGAAGAAGAGGAGAAAGAGGAAGAAGCGAGCGAACGAACACCAGCCAGCCCCAGCCAGCCCCAAACGCGAUGAGCGACUAUGGUGCUGUGAGGGCAUCAGCGCUCAAGUUCAAGGGCGGAAAGGACGCAUCGAGUCACAAGAAGAAGAAGAAGAAAAAGAAUAAGGCCAAACGCAAACACAAGGAGGCGGAGCGCCAAGAACCCCUUCGCCAUGGGGCAUGGUGGCAGGUGAAGCGCCCAGAGGACCUGACAGGAAACGUCAUCAUGGAGAGCGAGAGUGGGAAGUACGUGAUUGCGUUGGACAACGGCACCGUAUCUGUCGGGGAAUCCACCAAGAACAGCGAAGGCCCAGAUGUGCAGGAGAUCCUCACCAUCAUGUGCGUGUCCGAUAACCGCGUUGCCAUCAAGACGCCCUUCAACCGCUUCUUGUCUGUGGAAUCGGAGUCUGGCGACGUGACCGGCCUGAAGGAGGCUAUCGGAGCACUCGAGCUCUGGCAGCCCAUCUUUGACGACGAGGGGCUGGUACUCUUCCAAGGGCCCAACAAGAAGGUGCUUGAGGUGGCACCUGGCGAGAAGGCCAAGUGCAGCAGUGCCGUUGGGGAAGGCAACACGCACUUCAAGCUAUGGUCGUGUGCGGAGAGGAAGAAGGAGAAGAAACCCAUUGGUGACGCCUAUGAUGUGGAGGACGAAACAGGCCUCACAACCACAGAGUCAAAGAUCGCUCGCAGGUUCCAGAGCUGGCAGGACGGGAAGCUGCGACUGUCGGGCGGGGAUGCGAACGACCUCAAGCGGGCGAAGCAGGAGGGCAAGUUGCACGAAGCACUCCUUGACCGACGCGCAAAGAUGAAAUCAGACAGAUACUGCAUGUGAUGUGUGUGUGUGUGCGUGCGUGUGUAUUUGUGUGUGUGUGUGUGUGCGUGCGUGUG